UGGAGCAGUCGAUUCGUGUCGACAGGCGUUAUCGCUCGGGCAUUAUCGCACAUCGAGCCACAUUUCUCCGCGACGUUUCAGUUUCAGACCGCAAUAUCAUCGCGUCGGCCAAUCGUGGGAUCCUACUCUCGGCCAUAUCGAAUUGCGCAUUCUCGGUCGCAUCUCGCGUGGCAUCCGUGAUCGUGAUCAUCCAUCCGUCCGUCCGUCUGUCUGUCUGCCUGUCUAUUCGGUCGUCCGCUCGGCCCAGUUCGGUACUGUCUGCGCCGCGAGUAAGUUCCGAUUGCGAUCUCAUGUUGGGGGGAAAAAGAGGAGAUUGAUAUCUCGUGCGAUCUCGAGGGGAGAUUCCGAUACGUCAUCGGGACGCACGGAAGAGGCUCGAGAGACAACGCCUGCUACUACCCAGACCCCAUUGUGUGACAUAGUUAUUUGCGAGCUGUUGUGUUGGUGAAAUGUUGUCCCGCUGACUUCCUCCGAUGCAUGGUGAGAACUCAUAAGCAAGCGUCAUUCGCCCUCACCGUCUUCAUUGUCGCGAGUGCUAAGCGGUUAAACGCUUAGGAUCGUGUUCGCGUCGCUCAUGCUCUCGACGCGAAGCCUCUCUUAACAGUCGGCUAUUCUCGAGAGGAAUUCGCGUAUAUACAUAGUUCUCUGUCUCCUAUACAAGAGCCACGCGCUAACUUGGUGCGAAGAGCGUACGGAGCGCCAGUUGCCGAAAGCUGCUUCAACGUACAGCGGACGUUGUUAUACGAGUGAGAUGAUCAACAUGGAAACGGACAAAAUUAUCGACGACACGAACACGAGUCAGCAGUAUCCGAUGACAAUACUGUACGAUCCAAGUUGCAAAAAGGAACCAUCUACAGGCACAUAUGGACAGCAAAGAGAAAUUUGUAUGAUGUAUUUUGAAAAAUGGAGUGAGCCGGAACAAGUGCAGUUUGUCGAACAGCUGCUAGCGCGAAUGUGCCACUAUCAACAUGGACACAUCAACGCGUAUCUCAAACCAAUGCUGCAGAGAGACUUUAUCUCACUUUUGCCAAAAAAAGGAUUGGAUCACGUUGCAGAAAGUAUUCUUUCAUACUUAGACGCUAAAUCACUUGUUUCUGCAGAAUUGGUAUGCAAGGAGUGGCAUAGAGUAAUUAGUGAAGGAAUGCUUUGGAAAAAGUUGAUUGAACGCAAGGUUCGAACAGAUUCAGUUUGGAGAGGAUUGGCUGAAAGAAGAGGAUGGAUACAAUACCUCUUUAAACCGAAACCGGGCGAAACAUUUCCCAAUCACAAUUUCUAUAGAUCUCUUUAUCCAAAAAUUGUCAAAGAUAUCGAAAGUAUAGAAAAUAAUUGGAGAAUGGGACGAUUCAAUCUUCAGAGAAUUAAUUGCCGCAGUGAGAAUUCGAAAGGUGUUUAUUGUCUACAAUACGACGAUCAGAAGAUAGUUUCCGGGCUCCGUGACAACACGAUUAAAAUCUGGGAUAGAAAUACUCUGCAAUGCAUUAAGGUGUUAACGGGCCAUACAGGUUCUGUGCUGUGCUUGCAAUACGACGAUAAGGCUAUAAUAUCUGGUUCUUCGGAUAGCACUGUGAGAGUUUGGGAUGCUAAUACAGGCGAAAUGGUUAAUACGCUCAUUCAUCAUUGUGAGGCAGUGUUGCAUCUUAGAUUUAACAAUGGCAUGAUGGUUACUUGCUCCAAGGAUCGUUCAAUAGCUGUUUGGGAUAUGACAUCGCAGACGGAGAUUGCAUUGAGAAGAGUUUUAGUGGGACAUAGGGCAGCAGUGAACGUAGUUGAUUUUGACGAGAAAUACAUCGUUUCCGCUAGUGGUGAUAGAACUAUCAAAGUAUGGAAUACAUCUAAUUGCGAGUUCGUGCGAACGUUAAAUGGACAUAAGCGCGGUAUAGCGUGUUUGCAAUAUAGGGAUCGCUUAGUAGUUAGUGGUAGUAGUGAUAAUACCAUACGACUGUGGGAUAUCGAGUGUGGGGCUUGCCUACGUGUUUUAGAAGGACAUGAGGAACUAGUGAGAUGUAUUCGAUUUGAUAGUAAACAUAUUGUCAGUGGUGCUUAUGAUGGUAAAAUUAAAGUUUGGGAUUUGGUAGCAGCUUUAGAUCCUCGGGCCGUUGCUAGUACACUAUGCUUACGUACCUUAGUGGAGCACACUGGACGCGUAUUUCGUCUUCAGUUUGACGAGUUUCAAAUUGUCUCAUCCUCUCAUGAUGAUACAAUACUUAUUUGGGACUUUCUUAAUUAUAAUCCAUCAAGUGGUGGAAGCGUAUGCAGCGGACGCUUACCGAUGGAUGGAACGCCAAAUCAAACUGAUACUAGAUCUCCUUCCCCAUUUGAGUGACGCAUCAAUACGGAAAUUCCUUUAUUGUGAUACAGUUACAAGUGGUUAGUGAGUGAAUCUAAUGUGUUCACAAUAAUGUACGCAAAGAACGAAAUGUCCGAUGAUGAGUGUCCAGUGUGAACAAUUAAACAAUCACAUUGACAUCUGAAGGAAAAACUUGGUUGGUCAAUGACUUUGAUUUAUAUUUGCUGGAACAACAAAAGAAAUUUCCCAAGAAAUAUGGAAAUAAAAUCGACUGACACCUUCUGCGUGAAACUAUAAAUUAUAAUUUAUAAUAUACGUGCUUGACGCACUAUGUUCAGGAACGAACAAUAUGUUUAAAAAAGCCACAUAAAUACAUCCCAUGGAUGUAAACGAUUGUCGUCGUUUGCUUUGGCCAUAUCCGGAAUUCUUCUACGCUCUAUGACAUGAUAGAAGUCGAGACCAUUUUCCUAAGGUAAAGUAAAAAGAAAAAAAAAAGAAAAAAAAGAUUUAUGAUACAUAAUAAAAUGAAGCGUUUUUAAGGAGGCUGGAUACUACAUUUAAUAAAACAUUAGAUGUAUUAUUGUAAAUUAAUAAUUUUUUUAUAUAAUUAAUUUAUGAAGUAAGAAAAUAUUGUAAAAUGUUUGAUUGGAGUACUUAUUUUGUGUGAAUGUGUAAAAGGAAAUUGUUAAACGGGGAGAUUAUUGCACUUUUGGCGAAUAGCUAAUAGCAAAGUGCUAUAUACUCACGUUUAGAAUUUCAAACAAUCAUUAAUUGUGAAUACAUAAUAAUUUUUAAUAGA